AUGGGGAAGGUAGCCAAGUGCUUGGGCAUCGGCGUCAAGGGCAGCAUUCGCGUGAUGCUACAUCGCGAGAGCUACGCCGCCGGCGACCUGGUGCAAGGCCAAUUGGUACUGCGAGUCUCGCGGCCUAUCGAGUGCGAGGAGUUCUCACUGCACGUGGAAGGAGCUGAAGCCAUCACGUGGUCGGAAGGUGCCAACCACUCGCUUGCUCCCUGUAACAUGCGCGACGACUUCCUGUGCGACCGGAUUCAGCUUAUCGAGCCAAUGCCGCUCGCGUUCGAACCUGGCGAGUAUCGCUUCCGGUUCCAGUACCAGCUGGACGACACGCUGCCUCCAGUGUUCCGUGUGACGGAGGGUUUUGCUGGAGCCAUGCGCGACGUGAACGCCAGUGUUUCUUACACCAUCAAGGCUCGACUUAGUCUGCAAGGCAAACUGGUGGCCGAUCUGAAGACUUCGCACGACUUCGCCGUGCACCGGCCGUCGCUGUGUCACCCUGUGCGUUCACUGCAGAAGUCAUCGUCCGACGAAGUGCGAUUGUUGAGUUUGAUGAAGUCCAAAGGCGCCUGCGAAGUCUCGGCGUGUCUGGACAGCGACGUCCACCUCUCCGGCUCGACGCUGUCGCUACAGACGCGUAUCAGUAAUUAUUCGUCGCGCGAUAUGCACAAUCUCUCAGUGCUGCUGUACGAAGAUCUGACCGUGGAGCUGCCUAACCGCCGGCCGAGCAAGGGCACGCGCGUUGUGUGCACGCAAGAUUUCCCCGGUGUGGCAGCUGGUCAACUGCUGGACGAGAUGCUGUACUUGCCUCUCAUUGACGAGGUGAACGGACUGCCAGUUGCUCCCACUAACAGCGCCGCGUUCGUUCGAUGGCAGUACCGACUGGAGGUCAAGUGCCGGUUCAUGCUGAGCAAGAGUGUGAAAGUGGAGAUGCCGGUGAUUAUUGUACGCAAUGUCGGAGCACCACCAGUGCCUGUGGAUGCAGUUGUGGGGCCACCCGCUGUGGUCGUGGUGGUUCCUGGAGAAGACGAUGAUGACAGUGCUGCUGACCAGCAAGGGACGAUGCCGUGGAGUCCUAGUCAAUUGCACAUUGAGGCCGAAGGCGACAGUGUUGUGGCUCGGCCGGUCUUCAUUCUCCCCCAGGCCGUAGCAGCGGUGUAA